AUGACUUCAAGUACUAACACCAAUCCAGAAGAACCAAUCAGCAGAGAGGAAAAGCUAAGACGGCGUCGAGAGCAGUUGUUAGCGUGGAAGAAGAAGAAAGAAGAAGAGACAAAGGAAGAAGUGUCAGACGAUGACAAGCUAAGACGAAGACAAGAGCUGUUGGCCAAGUGGAAGGCAAAGAAGGAGCAGGCAAACAAGCUUCAAGAAGAUGCAGAAAAGCAGCAUGCAGACACAAAUGGAGAUGAUGCAGAGAAGCUCAGGUUACGACAAGAACGACUUGCAGCAUGGAAGAAGAAGAAGAAGGAGAGUGAGCCAUCAUCAUUAUCAAUGAAGAAGGUCUUAUCAGAGCCUGUGAAGCCUGUGAAGUCACUGAGAUUUUUAAGCAUUCGGAAGAACGUGACGGAAGCUACAAGCAGCGUGGGCAAGAAUGUGACGAGUCAUAUCAAGAGAAACUUAUUAGCAGAUGGCGAUGAUGAAGGUGAAGAUGUUGUAGUCAAGAAGCUCAAAUUACCCGGAAGUUCUCGGAACAAUAAUAUCAGCAGUAUCAAAUCUGAUGAUGUUGAUGAGUUGGAGCUGUAUUUGGCAAUGUUAGCUAACACCGAGGGUAACGGUACUGUCCGGCAUUCAGGAACGGCGUACCACGUCGAAGAAGAAGACGAAGAAACUGCAGCUGCAGGAGCAUCUGAUGACAAUGAAGAUGAUGACGACGAAGCACAACAGAAGCUUCUUUUCCAAAGGUUGGAGAAACUCAAUAAACAGAAGGAGUUGGCAGUAGUUGAUUUCAACCAAUCAAAUCUCACACCGUUCCGGAAGAACUUCUAUGUGGAGUCCGGAGAAGUUAGGGCCAUGGCCGACGAACAGGUUGCCAUGUUCCGUAUGUUGGAUGGAGUUAAUGUCCGGGGUCUUGAUGUUCCCAAGCCAAUCAGCGAAUGGAAACACUUGGGUUUGAUGAUGUCUGUCCAGGAAAACUUGGAGACUCGGUUCCCGAGACCGACUCCGAUUCAGUGUCAAGCACUUCCGGUUAUAGCGUCAGGACGUGAUUUGAUAGGUGUAGCAAAGACCGGUUCCGGGAAGACUCUUUCGUUUGUUUUACCCAUUCUAAGGCACAUACAAGACCAGCUAUCUGGUCGUAGUGGCCAUACUGGUGGUGGUCCAAUUGGGUUGAUAAUGACUCCGACGAGAGAAUUGGCGCUACAAAUCCACAAGGAGCUCUUGGUAUUUACAAAGCAGCUUGAAAUCCUGGUAGUUUGCUGCUACGGAGGUUCUUCCAUUGAGUCUCAGAUUGCAGACUUGAAGCGAGGAUGUGACAUCAUGGUGGGAACGCCGGGCCGUAUUAUCGACCUACUAGCGGCUAAUAGCGGUCGAGUGACCAACUUGCAUCUGGUGACAUACGUUGUGUUAGAUGAAGCAGACCGAAUGUUUGAUAUGGGGUUUGAACCCCAAGUGGCUAAGAUCUUUACGCAGGUACGACCUGACAGACAGUGUGUGUUAUUUUCAGCCACGUUCCCUCGUAAAAUGGAGGUGCUCGCGAAACGAAUACUUUGUAAACCCGUGGAGAUCAUCGUUGGUGGAGUCAGUGUGGUGGCCCUGGACAUCACUCAGAAAGUUGAACUUUUUGAAGAGAAGAACGAAGCGCAAUUACAACAGCUUAAAUUAAACAAAUUGCUUAAUAUUUUGGACACCAAUAAGGAUACAAAAGUGUUGAUCUUUGUGGAAACCCAGGCUGGCGUAGAUGAGUUGCUUGUGCACUUGUUGAAUCAUUCCAUCGCUUGUCUUGCUAUCCAUGGAGGUAAAGAUCAAAUAGACAGGAAGCACACUAUUAAAGAUUUUUCACUGUCUGAUAGUGGCCUAGAUAUUUUGAUUGCUACGUCUAUAGCUGCUCGUGGCCUUGAUGUUAAAGGUUUGAACCUUGUUGUUAACUACGAUGCCCCAAACCAUAUGGAAGAUUACGUUCAUAGAGUUGGCAGAACUGGGAGAGCAGGCACUAAAGGUGUAGCCAUUACAUUUGUUAACGAGACGGAAGAGCGUGCAAUUACGGACCUAGUGAAGGCAAUGAGAAUGAGUAAGGUGCCAGAAUCGGAAAUACCGUCCAAAUUGAUCGCUAUAAGCAGUGAGUUUCUUAACAAAGUCAAAGCAGGGAAGGAGAAGUACAAGUUUGGGUUUGGAGGUAAAGGGCUUGAGAAUUUGGAAGAACAACGACAAAAUAAUCGGGAUCUUGAGCGUAAAGUGUUUGAUGUUCCACGAGAUGAUGAGGAUAAGAAAUCAUCAUCGUCUUCAUCAUCACUACCCACUAAGACAUCACUUGCAACUGAAAGCUUACUUCCAGAUUUCCAAAUCAUUGAAGGACAAACACCAGAGACUUCCGGACCAGAUAAAUGCAAGUUUUAUUCCCGAGUUGUUAUCAAUGAUUUGCCUCAGAAGGCAAGAUGGCUUGUGGUGAAUAGAGAUUCCAUCUCCAAAAUCAUUGAAUCUACUUCUACUUCAAUUACGAAUAAAGGUCAGUAUUAUCCUCCCAAUGCAAAGGUUCCUGCUCCUACUACUCCUACGGGAAAUUCCAAGCCAAUUCCACCCAAGCUCUAUUUGCUUGUUGAAGGCUUAACGGAAGCAUCUGUUCGAGCUGCCAAUAAUCUUAUUCGACAACGGAUGAUUGAAGGGCUUGAAGCAGCUGCUAAAGAUGAUCUUAAAGAAAUGGGUUUUGACGCCAGUACAUACAAAUACGAACACUAUCUUGUGGAGAAGGUGGACGACACCAUUGCACAUGUUAAGUUCAAUAAUCCAAAGACAUUAAAUGCCUUUGCUGAAUCAGACUGGCGUUCGUAUCAAGAGAUAUUAAGAAGAUUAGACGCUGAACCUGAGAUGAAGGUUAUUAUCAUUUCAUCAGCCGUGCCCAAAUCAUUUUCAUCGGGGUUAAACUUGAAGGAAGCCAUGAAACUUGCCUCUGAUGAUAACACCAGUACAUACGAGGCAAAAUACGAGUAUUUGCUUCAACAUAUACGAGAUUUCCAAGAUGCUAUUGGUACACCAUCUAGAAUCAAUACACCUACCAUUGCGGUAUUGAAUGGUAUUAAUUACGGGUUGGCUUUAGAUAUAUCUUCUGCUUGUACUAUUAGACUUGCCUCUGCAGAUGCCAAGUUCUCCAUUAGAGAAAUUGUCAUUGGUCUCCCAGCAGACAUUGGAACCUUACAGCGGAUGCCUCGACUCGUCAACAACAUUUCACUCUUGAAUCAGUACGCUUUAACUGGUGAAGUCUUCUCCCCGGAGGAUGCUUUGAAGUUGGGCUACGUAUCAAAAGUGUUCCCCACCCACAAGGAAGGGCUUGAAUACGCUUUGGACUUGGCCGACACCAUUGGUGGAUACCAGCAAUGGGCAGUCAAGGGUACAAAGAAGAGUAUUCAAGACAUCAUGUUGGGUGGAACGGCUGAACAGGGGUACAAGUGGAUUCAAGACUAUAACGCUAAGAACUUGGGUGCAAAGUUCUUUGAAGCCAUGGGAAAUGUCAAGUUAUAA